GAUUUUCCAUCGGAGCAAUUGUCGUCGGAGCGAAUGUCAUGGAACCCUCUUUCCACACGUCUCGCCUCUCCGGAUCAUGUGACUCGUCACGUGCGUAAACAUCAGAGAUUGGGGAAAAACCCGAUCGAGAGUCUACCAAAAAUAAUAAAAUUGUGGCAUCAUUUACAACUUACAAUUCGUCGAGAGUUUGAAGUCGGACAACUGUCAGCAGUAUGAACGCUGACUUAAGAUCUAAUUCAGUGACAGAUGAGCUGCAGGUACUAGAAUCUGUCUUUUGUCAAAGCGGAGAAUUCACGCUCCAUGAUUUGAAUGCAGAAGCAGGGUCAGCUCGAUACACAAUUACCUUAUCAGAUUCAUCAAACAAUGAACAAUCUCCCAACCUCGGCUCAACCAUCGCCAUCACCUUCGCACCAGGUCCAUUCUACCCUAAAUCCGUGCCAGAUAUCAGUUUGACCUCUGACCUCUUGACCAGGAAAGCUGCUGAUAAAAUGAAGACCAGCCUUCUUGAAUAUGCAAAUGAGCAUCUUUGUGGUGAACCAAUGGCAAUGGAGAUCGUAGAGUGGAUCCGCCUUCAUUUUAAGGAGUAUGCAAAUUAUGAGAACCAGCAGGAAACGACUCCUGAUAGCCAAGGGACCUGUUUGACUUCAUUGCUGAGGCUUGAUCACAUGAGGGCUAAGGGUCGCUACAUCAAGACAUUGACAAGCUGGUGUGAAGAGCUAGGCAUCAUGGGAAGGAUAAUCUUCGUUGAGAGACUCAUCUUAAUCCUUCUUGAAGGUCAUCAGGCAAGAGUCAAGGAAUUUAUUCUUCGACUGAAAACACAGAAGGUUGAUGUGGAUUCAAAUGGGAAGGCGUGCAAAGAGAAAAUGAUGAAUGUGUUGAGUGAGAAGCCUACUGAUAAACACAGGUUUUCAUCGUUCGAGGUUUCAGAGAUGGGAAGUGUCCAGGAACUGAGAAAGUAUUUUGAUUCGCUGAAUUUAUCACAACUUUAUGACGAACAUCUUCAACCAUUGUGUAGACAUCCAGUGCAGGGUGCCAUAAGAUGACAAGGUCAUCUCCAGGACACCAAUGAUCAUUUUCUGGUAUGCUUGCCCAUUUUCAUGAUCAGCCGAUUACAAGGUCACUCAGAAGGAGACAUGUUUACGGAGGUCGUGCAGACGUGCACCGACAGUAGAUUUGAACUGUGGAGUCACUCAAAAACAUGGAAAUCACACUGGAGAUAUUGCUUUUUUA